AUGGAGAUGAAGAAGGUCGCUUGCGCAACCCUUGUUGCUACCACCUCCAUGAGCGCAGCCUUGGCUGCCGGGUCUCCGGCUCCUGCACCAACCAGCGACGCAACCGCUACCUUGCCCGUUGUCGGUUCUCUCAUCGGGGCCUCAAUUGUGUCCUCCUUUGCCUUCUACAUGCACUAA